ACUCUAGUCACUAUUAAUGACCAAAAUGCAUCUUCUACAAAAGAUAAAAAAUCUAUUAUUACCGAUUCCACAUCUGAACCAAUACACAGCUCAACCCAGCUACAGAAAAGUAAGUCUAAAUAUAUAUUUAAAUCUCUAACAGAGUCUGUGUCAUCCAUAACGUCUUCACAACAAGAUAUUGUUGAUGAUGAUCUGGCUAGUAUCCUUGAAUUCAUAGAAACAAUAUAUAAAGAAAAUGAAAUAUCUGCAGGUGAUAGCCAAGAUGAUGCAUUCCCAUCCACCCAAGAUCAUGACUCCAUAUCUUCAGAAUAUGCAACUGAAAUUUUGCUGACCUCAG